AUGGAGACUCCAGCUGUAACAGAGCCCUCCCACAACACAGUUGCCAAGGAUAACUUCAUGUCUGCAUUCUUAUGUUUCAGCAUAAAUGUGAGGGCAUUUGGAAUCAAAGUGCUGACUCCCUUGUACUCCCUGGUGUUCGUCAUUGGCGUGAUAGGCAAUGUCCUGGUGGUUCUGGUGCUCAUACAGCACAAGAGGCUCCGAAACAUGACGAGCAUCUACCUGUUCAACCUGGCUAUCUCUGAUCUGGUCUUCCUCUCCACAUUACCUUUCUGGGUUGACUAUAUCAUGAAAGGAGACUGGGGUUUUGGUAAUGCCAUGUGUAAGUUUCUGUCUGGAUUUUAUUACCUGGGCUUGUAUAGUGACAUGUUUUUCAUUAUCCUGCUUACUAUCGAUAGAUACCUAGCUGUUGUCCAUGCCGUGUUUGCCCUGAGGGUCCGGACUGUUACUUUCGGCAUCAUCAGCAGCGUCAUUACCUGGGUCCUGGCUACCUUGGUUUCUAUUCCUUGUCUGUAUGUUUUCAAGAGCCAGAUGGAGUUCACUUACCAUACUUGCAGAGCAGUUUUGCCCAAGAAGAGCCUCUUACGCUUUUUGAGGUUUCAGGCUCUAACGAUGAACAUCCUUGGACUAAUUUUGCCUCUGUUGGCCAUGGUUAUUUGCUACACGAGGAUCAUCGUUGUUCUACACAGAAGACCCAAUAAGAAGAAAGCCAGAGCCAUGCGUCUGAUUUUUGUUAUUACCCUUCUCUUCUUCCUCCUCUUGACCCCCUAUUACCUGGCUGCCUUUGUGUCUGCUUUUGAAGAUGUCCUGUUCACCCCUAGUUGUUUGAGAAGCCAACAGGUCGACCUGUCCUUGAUGAUAACUGAGGCACUUGCCUACACCCACUGUUGUGCCAACCCAGUCAUUUAUGUCUUUGUGGGUGAGCGGUUCCGGAAGUACCUCUGGCAGCUGUUUCGGAGGCAUACAGCUGUAUCCCUGCCAAAAUGGCUGCCCUUCGUCUCCAUGGACCGAGCACAGAGGGCCAGUGCCACGUCUCCACCCACAGGGGAAAUUGAGAUCUCUACUGACUUAUAA